CACCCAACUGAUUCCUAUUAAUAUAUAAAAUAUGUUGGUUGUAGCAGUUGUAAUAGAGAAGAUAUGCCAUUUUAAAAUAUUAUACUCAAAUUUAACCUUGAAAAAAUGUCUUAGUGAACGGUAGCAACUCAAAACGCUGAAAAAAUUUACAUUUUCUGUUUCGAGGUCAUUUUUGUGACAGAGAAAUCAAACAAAUUAUGAAAAUAGUAGGAUUUAAUGAUGCACAGCUCGUUUUAUGACAACAAUAAUGAUAUAGUCUAGUUAUAUCAGGAUGGGGUUUUUUUUAUCUGUUUAGCUUGAGCUAAAGUAUCUUCUCAUUUGAAUAGAUGUCUAUUUUUAACAUGUAUGUGAAAUAACCUUUUUUCCAAACAUAUUGACUGCUGGCCACUAGCUUUAGUAAUUUUUAUAGAAACAUCCAUUGACUAGACUAUUUGGUUAAUAUUUAAGCUUUUUCAUCUGUAGCUUGUAUAGAGUCACAGAAACAAAUGGAGACUUUGAAAAAUAAAUCACAGAAUCAACAAGCAGAGUCCAUUUUUAGUUUGACAUAAUAUAAAACGGCAUGCUCAAAUGGGGCUCUGUAACCUACUUGGUGUCUAUUUUUGGGCCACAGACUGGAUAACUGACCCCAGAGCAUGUAUAAGUUAUGUAUUUGGGUCACAGCAUUCCCUUAGUCCACCCAUCUGGGACCAUGUCAUAUGACACCGAACUCGUGAUCUAACACAUCACUGCUUGCCAACAUCAUGCAGGCUGAGCUGGUUCAACCUCCAAGGAAUGUGUUUGUUCACGUCGGCUGUACUUUGCCCUUCCCCUUGCUGGAAGCAAUUAUCAGCUAUCUCAACGAGUUUCAGGAAAACAACACAUAAAGAAGAACUAGGCCUAGCCCAUACACUGUACGUACAAUCUAGCAGCCUACUUUUGUAAUUAUCUGUUCACACAUAAAAUAAGUAUUCAGCAGUUAAAUCUGAUCUUGGUGAAAGGUCUUCAUUGUGAUUGUGAAACUUAUCAGUGUUGCACUUUGAUCAGGUAUGCUCUGAUUUCCUGGAUAGGACGACUGGAAUAUUCUGGUUGGGUCCAGAUAAGCAGGUUUCGCAACAAACAUGUCACAAGUGAUGGAGGAAAUGGACUGCAGUUGAUUUAAUUGAUGUACCUAAAAAUGGAGCUUGUGAAACACUCUGGUGGAUGCCACUGUGGAGCUGUUAGAUUUGAAGUCUGGAGUUCCCCUGACCUUCAUGUAUUUCACUGCAAUUUCUCUAGUUGUAGUGUUUGCACGAAAAAACAAAACCACCAUUUCAUCGUCCCGAAGAGUCGCUUUACUCUCUUACAGGGAGUUGACAAUCUGACGACCUAUACCUUCCAGACUCAUAUUGCUAAACACACCUUCUGUAAAACCUGUGGAGUUCAAAGUUUCUACACACCACGAUCCAAUCCCGAUGGAUAUGGCGUUGCUCCACACUGUCUGGAUCCAGGAACUGUGCGCAGCAUCAUUGUGGAGAAGUUUUGCGGGGAGAAGUGGGAAGAAAGCAUGCAAGCUCACAAGAGCAUCAAAGACAUGUCUAAACCUGAAGGGGACAUGCUGUAAAAAUAACUGCUGCUACACAACUUUGAAAACUGCUUUUUUUAAUAAACAUUAUACAAAAACGGAACAAUAA